AUGACUAGCGACGACGAUGCGAAGUCAAACAAAAGGAGCCAUUCCGAGAUGGCCGAAGAUGCUUCCGACAGCUCUUCCGAUGAUGAUAUGGGGCCUCAGCUGCCGACCGAAGCGGCGCCGAAGAAGAAACGUCGCGUCCUACCCUACGAGAAGCUCUACAUUGCGGCACUCCCAAAUCGACGCGCUAUUCCAAAUCUUUGA